AUGGAUAACGAUUCAGACAUCUACCAGUACCUGUCUGAGCCUUCACAACGGUACGGCUACCAGGAUGGCGAAACGUUUGAUUUCCAGACGAUCCAGGAGAACCACCAUGACGUUAAGGACAGCGAAAUAGUCCAUUCAGACAUCGAGGAGAACCUCAAUAGAGAUCUUGAAAAUGGAGGAUUAUCAAAUGGAAAGACACUAAACCACACUUCCAGUAACAACACCAUCAAUAAUAGCAUCAAUAAUUACAACAACAAUAUCAAAAACAUCAAUAACAACAGUAUGAGUCUGCAUAACAAUACAAACACUAUCAAUAAUACCAAUAAUUACAACAAUAACAAUGUCAGCAAUACUAUAAAUUCAACAGACUAUGAGUCAAUCUUUGCUCUCAACUCGUUUGGACUUCCCAGCAAUGCCCUCUUUGGCGGAACUGAUCCGCUGAACAUCGUCUAUCGUCCCAACAACAUGAUCAGUAAUCUUGAAUCACCGGAGAACUUCCCUGGUGUUGAUUUUGAGCACGCAGCAGAAAACCAGAAUCAGGCUAAUGUUUCGUUUUCGAUGCCUGGAGCUUUUCACGAUGGUGAUAAUAUGGAUCUUGAUGAGUCGCCGCCGUUUACAAUCGAACUGGAGACCUAUUAUGAUCCACAUAUCGAAAGUACCUCUAUCAAUCACGAGACUGAGUCAUUGUUUAAAGCCAAUGGAAAUGCCAAUACUAACGUGGGAAACACUCUUUUGGCACCUCAGCAACGAACUCCAACUCAACGGAUUGAGUCCUCGUUUUCACCAUUUGACAAUUCUUCACGAGUUUCAUCUUUUCGGGUCGAGAACGGGAAUGGUAUCAACCCAAACGGAGGAUUUGUGUUCAACCAUGUGACCACCAACGCCGAUAACGGCGUUAACCAAUCAGGUCCGGUACUAGGAUCUGUAGACAAUUACUAUUCCAAUAUCAAUGGAAAUAGCAACGCCAAUAAUAUUGGCAACACUAAUAAUAGUAGCGGCAGCAAGAAUGGUAAUGAUAACAGUAACAGUAAUGGCAAUGGAAACGGAAACGGAAACGGAAAUUUCAACAACAACAAUAUCAACAAUACCACACCUAAUAGUCAUAACACGAACAGUGUCUACAAUACUAAUAAUGGAAACUACUUGAGCGUUCAUUCAAAUAUCACUGGUAAUGCUUUUUCCAAUGCCUCGUUGGGACAAAACAGCAACAAUAAUUUCUACAAUGAACUCUCUCCCAUCACCACCACCACCUCGCUCACACCUUCUAUCAGCUCCGUUCAUUCUACUCAGCCGUCUUUCUUCUCAGCACACCAAUUCCUAACUCGUAAUUCGCUUGAUCAAGGUCCUCCUACUCAUCUUGUGUCUUCUUCGUUUGACUUAUUCAAUAAGGGAAGACCUUCAAUGGACAGCCAGCAGUCGUCGUCUCGUAGAAACCCCAGCAGUGGUCGCUACACGAGUUUCACCAACUCGUUGACCAAUAUGAUUCCGUUCAUGGGGGACAGAAACCAGCGAUCUCCAAUUUCUGGACCUCCUUCUCCACAGUCGCAAAACUCAUCUUCUUUCAUGUCUCAACCUCCUCCUCAGCAGCCUCGCCAUUUGAUCCGUAGUAUCUUCAAAAGCAACUCUGCUCCUAACAAUGUCCAGGCUGCCAACGACGAGCUCACCAAUGCUUUUGUCAUUGACGAGUCCAGUGAUCCGUUCGUUUCUGGAAGUGGAAACACCGAAGACUUUUUGAUGAUGAGCCCCACAAAAGAGGAGCCUGAGCUAGAAGCAAUCGAUGUUUCUGUUCAGCCAAAGAAAGCAAAGAGGUCCAAGAGAAGUUUGUUCACACGUUUCAAAGGUCCUUCCGUGAAACAAGAGCCGAUAGACGAGAACGAGAUGUUGAUGAUUGAUGAGUUUGCUGUGAAAGAGGGCGAGAAUUUGGACAAUUCCACUUCGACAAGUGGGCCAUUCCAGCCCACUUCCAUAAGUCGCACUCCUUCAACAGCCACAGGCAACUUCCUUGAUUCUGCGUCUCUGAGUAACACUUCUCAUAACCAGCUGCAACUGCAAUUGCUUCCACAGUCGCAAACUCAGCCUCAGAAUCCUCAAUCUCAGGAGCCAGACUAUGCAUCGCUCUUCGAAAAUGUUGGUAAACGUAAGAUCGUGAACACCUCUAGUUACAGAAAAAGUAAGACCAAGGUCAAGAACGAAGAUGGAACCACGAGCAACAAUUCUAAUUCCACUGUAGAAAACUCACCCAUCUUGAACGUCUCCUUGGGAAAUAAAAAAAUAAAGACGGAUUCAGAAAUUGGAUCGGGAAAUAAUUCCGGACAUACUACUGAGAAAUCCUCAUUGCACAACUUAAGAUUGUCCCACCAGCGGUCCAACCAGAGUAGCGGUAACAACAUCUCUGUUAAGGAAGAGUACAGUGACCGAGGCAGUGUUGGAGGCAUGAGUCUGAAAUCGAACACCUCGAAAGAUAAUAGACUCCACCCUCAAAGUUCUGAGGAAGUAGACAUUUCAGACGAUGAAUCCACAACAUCAACAACUGCUUCAUCCAACUUUGCUACUGCCUCGAAGAGAAUUCUUGGAUCCAAGUUGAUGAAGAAGAAGACCUCACCUGUAAAAAUGCCUGUGGCUACUGUGAUUAACAAGGGAGUGGAGGUAGAAGUUGAUUUGAAGUCGCUAGAUUUACCUCCCAACACGCAGAUCUUCCCCACCAGUAUAAUAAAUUCCAAGAAUAGAACCAGGGGUCGUAAGGAAAACAAAGAAGCAGAUAUGGUUGAUCUGACCAAGAUCUACUUGUGUAACUAUUGUUCACGUAGAUUCAAGCGACAAGAACAUCUCAAAAGACACUUCAGAUCGUUGCAUACUUUUGAGAAGCCAUACGACUGUACGAUUUGCAAUAAAAAAUUUAGCAGAUCUGAUAACCUUAACCAGCAUUUGAAGAUCCACAAGCAGGAAGAAGAAGCUGCUGCUCUUGAAAAGGAGCUUUUAGAACAGGGUUCUAUGGCUAAGACUAAAGUAGAAGACGAGCUAAUGGAGUAG